AUGGCAGGGAGGGAAGGCAAGCGCGCUUUUAUUUGUAUCUCUUCGUCUUCCGAAGAAGACGACGACGGAACGGAAGACGGCGACUUUGGAGAAGAAGAAGAUGACGACGAUGGAGACGGUGACGGUGACGACGGCGGUUAUGAUGAUGAGGAGGAGGGCGACGACGACGGCGAUGAGAAAAUUGAGGAGGGCGAUGACGAGGCUCUCUGCAACAGCGUAAUCCGCUCUCUCCAAGAAGGGAGUGAUUUGGUUUCUUUAAAUCUCAAAGAGUGCAAGGCGUAUUUGCGGAGGCACGGCCUCAGAAUCUCCGGAACCAAAGCGGUUUGUAUUCAGAGAAUUGAAGAGCAUUGGAGGUUGAAGGAUGGAAAUGGGGAAGCACUGUAUCCAAGAUCAUCCUUCGUAAUUAAUUGUACAGGUGAUGUCUGUAAGGGAGAUGUCGUGCUCUUCACCCAGAAAGUUUAUGAGAAGUUUGACAAAGUGACAAGGCAUGGAAGGGUUCUAGGGAAGAGAACUGUUGCUGGCUGGGUUGUUAAAGAAAGCUAUGGUGCAGCCAAACAGCAACAUACUUUUACGGUUGAAGUGCUAUGGAGCAGGGGAAUAAAGAAGCUGUGUCCACUAUUUCCUUUGCUUGUGAAGGGUCGUAAUCUCUACAAAUUGAGAACAUUUAGACAGUGUUGGAGUAAUGAAGCUGAAAGAUCAAAAGUGCUUGCUGAGAAGCACCAACGAGGUGAAGCAGCAAGGCGUGUUAGAGCGAAUAAAAAAUCAAGGAAGUGGACUGAAAAUGGAGGUGGGAAGCGUCGGAAACAAUCACAUUCUACCAGACCAAAUCAAAUUAGAAAGAACAAUGAAUCAGAAAAGGGGAAGCAUUUUGACAGACUCCAAAGACAGACAUCCUGUGGAUCUGCAAAGCAUAAUAGUUUCUCUCAACAUCAAGCAGCCCUACCAUCAAAACAGAUGAGGAGUAAAGCCUCUCAACCUUUUAGGAGGCAUCAAAAAUCAGCAGGCCCAAAUAUUGAUAGAGUCCCCGCUCUUCAUUCUCAGUCUGUCCCUCACAUUCCUCACCAAUCUCAAGUAGAAUUUCAACACAGAAGUGCACCUUUCCAGUCUUUCGGUCAUGUCAUGGGCUCCACUUCAACCAUGUUGAGAUAUCCUGUGACAACUAAUUUUGAUACAUUUAUUGUACCUGACUCACAAUUUCAUAGGCUCAAUAACAGCAAUUGUAGCCACCAUGGUUACAUAGAUCCUGGACACAAUAUCACGAAUCAGAAUCACUUAUCUGGCGUGAAUGUCGGCAGGCCAUUUCAUCCGUAUAUUUCAGGAGCUGAGACAUAUGGGGAAUGGAGGACGGGGCACAGAUGAUUUAUGCACCUAUUAAAUUCUCAACUGUUGGAAUUAGUUUCAACUCGCAGCGUUUCAUUCGGUUCCUUAAAAUUAACAUUCUAAUGUUUGUAGAGUGAACCACGGCAUGAUAAAAUCUGGGAUUGCUGUGUGAGCGUAAGGAGUUGAAGUUUACGCGUGUUUCCUUAUACGUUGAUUUAGCAUUAUGUUUUUUCUUCAUUCCCAAAGUCUUCAAACACCCGCUUCGUGGUUGAACAAAAUUUUUCUUCAUUAUAAUUGUGCGAGUUAAUAUUGGUAGAUUGAAA